AUGGGGACCCCCACUGCAGUGGGGUCUGCAGCAGCACUGGGGCCCUCCGCCACAGUGGGGACCUGGAGGACCCGGGAGCACUGGCCGCAGCAGCAGCACUACCAGCUGGGCCCCUCGCCCCCCGCGGCGCGACACCGGCCCCUGCGACCACCGGUUCGUCAUCGGACUGGGCAGUCCCUGUCCUCCGGGCCUGCCACGCCUCCGGCUGAGGCGUCUCUGUCGUUCAUGAUGGACUCUGGCGCGUCGCAGUGUUUCUUCCGCGACCACACGACCCUCACACCACUCCUUGCCCCCGUUCCGGUAGCUCUGGCUGAUUCUUCUUCAGGACCAGCCGUUGCGCGCAGCUCCACCACCCUCCCGUGCCCUGUGGUCCCCUCUGGUGUCCUGCGCAGCCUCCACAUCCCCUCGUUCACUCGGAACUUGGUGGGUGUUGGAUACCUCCAGGACAGGGGGAUCACCGUUACUUUUGUGGGGGGUGGGAGGACUGCGGUAUGUACAGACGCCGCUACAGGUGCUGUUCUAGCCACGUUCACCAGGGAGUCCCGCUCUGGUCUCUACGUUCUCCACACCGAGCGCUCCCCGGUUACUUCCUCCGUUCAGAUCGCUGGGUCCCCUCAGGUCCCAGUGUCUAGUCCAGUUGCUGUGUGUGGUCAUGUAGUGGUGUCUGGUCAUGUUGCAGCGUCUUGCUCCUGUCGGUCCCUCGCCCACCCGACCGUCUUGUGGCACCACCGCCUUGGCCACCUGUCGCACCCCCGACUCCGCAGCAUGGCCAGUCACAGUCUUGUCUCAGGUCUCCUGCGCGUCUUUUCGUCGCUCCCUCCCUCGCUUGCCCCACACUGCACUCCUUGCGUCGCCGGCCGCCUGCGCGCCACUCCGCACUCCUCCUCCCUUCGUCCGGCCACUGCUCCUUUCUAG